AUGGUUCCCAAGCUCAGAGAUCCGUCCUUGCUGAAGCAGGAUGUCUGCUAUGUCAAUGGCCAGUGGGUAGCUGCCAAGUCUAGCAAGACAUUCAAGGUCAACGACCCUGCCACUGGCGAAUUGAUCGGAACUGCCCCCGAAUUCACCGUCGACGACACCGAGUCAGCCAUCACUGCCGCUGCCGAUGCUUUCAAGACCUUCCGCUCGUUGACCGGCCGCGAGCGCUCCAAGAUGCUGCGCAAGUGGUACGACCUUGCCAUAGAAAACGCCGAGGAUAUUGCCCAGCUUAUCACUUGGGAGAAUGGAAAGCCACUUGCCGAUGCCAGGGGCGAGGCUACCUAUGCUGCCAACUUCUUUGAGUGGUUCAGCGAGGAGGCGCCGCGCACAUAUGGCGAUGUCAUCCCCGCCACCGUGCCCGGAAACCGAGUGUGGACUCUCAAGGAGCCCGUUGGUGUCUGCGGUCUGAUUACACCUUGGAACUUCCCCGCUGCCAUGAUCACCCGAAAGAUUGGCCCUGCGCUGGCUGCUGGAUGCACAGUCGUGUGCAAGGCUCCCGGAGAGACACCAUUCACAGCCCUUGCGCUCGCCGAGCUGGCUCACCGCGCCGGCAUCCCCAAGGGUGUUGUCAACAUUGUGACGACAUUGGACAACACCGUGGCCAUUGGCGAACUAUUGACUACUCAUCCCACCAUCAAGAAGGUUUCCUUCACUGGCUCCACUGGUGUCGGCAAGCUCCUGAUGAAGCAGUCAUCCGCUACACUCAAGAAGCUGUCACUGGAGCUCGGUGGAAACUCUCCCUUCAUCGUCUUCGACGACGCCGACCUCGACGGCGCCGUGGCCGGCGCCAUCAUGUCUAAAUUCCGAUCCUCAGGCCAGACUUGCGUGUGCGCCAACCGAAUCUACGUCCAGGAGGGCAUCUACGAGGCCUUUGUGACAAAGUUUGUCGAAAAGGUCAAGCAGUUCAAGGUUGGCAACGGCUUCGCCGAGGGCACCACCCACGGCCCCCUCAUCCACGACCGCGCCAUCUCAAAGGUCGACGCCCACGUCCAGGACGCCGUCAAGAAGGGCGCCAAGCUCCUCGUCGGCGGCCAGAAGUUGCCCGAGAUCGGCUCCAACUUCUUCCAGCUCACCGUCCUCCGCGACAUGAAGGCCGACAUGGCCAUUGCCUCGGAGGAGACUUUUGGCCCCGUUGCCGGCCUCUUCCCCUUCAAGACCGAGGCUGAGGUUGUCCAGCUGGCGAACAAGUCCGAGGUUGGCCUGGCCGGCUACUUCUUCUCUCGCGACUUGGAGCGUGUUCACCGAGUGGCCGAAGCUCUCGAGGUCGGCAUGGUUGGUAUCAACACAGGCAUCAUCUCCGACCCUGCGGCGCCUUUCGGUGGUGUCAAGGAGAGCGGUUUCGGCCGAGAGGGAUCAAAGUAUGGUAUUGCAGAGUACCAAAUCACCAAGAUGAUCACCUACGGCGGCAUGGCUCCUCAAGCAGACUUCUUGUGCCCGUCAACCUCUUACCUCUUAUCUUAUCGUACCGAGUACCGACGUCACCCCACCUGCAAGCUCUUAACGAAACACAAGACCAUCCUCACCAUCAACACCAACACAUCCAUUGCCAUGGCGCUCUCUCGCACUAGCAACCUUGCCAGCCAUGGAAUGCGCCUGUUGGCGCAGAGACAAUCGCGCCAUCUCUCCAGCAUCUCCCCUCUCCUCCCAUUGACGAGCGUUACACACACAAUCAGACCCUCUCACGCCCCCUCAUCCGUCCGUCCAUUCAGCAACUCCGCGCCUCUCCUCAAAAAGCGCAAAAUCGCCGGCGCAAGCAACAGCCCCUCCUCGCGAGACGCAGACUCCGCCGCUCCCUCACCCUCACCCUCGCCCUCCUCCUCCUCCAAAGCCGACCACGGCCAGCCCAACCCCGAAGACCCCCUCGACUUCUCCUCCCUCACCGCCGCAUACGUCUCCAUCGACGCCCACUUCAAGGCCCAGCUCCAGGCCGUCCUGCACGGCGGCCGCUUCAACCCCGACGCCCUCGGCGCGCUCUCCGUCGCCAUCAAGGACGACGAUGGCUCCAAGGUCACCUUCCCCCUCCGCGAGCUCGCCCAGAUCGUCCCCCGCUCCGGACGCAUCAUCUCGCUCCUCGUCAACGAGCGCGACUACCUCAAGCCCAUCAUGUCCGCCGUCCAGGCCAGCAAGGACUUCAACCAGCAGCCCCAGCGCUCCGAAGACAACGAGCUCGAGCUCCUCCUCAAGGUCGAGAUGGAGCGCAAGGAGGACCUCGUGCGCCGCGUAAAGGACGCUUGCCAGGGCUGGAGGGACCGCGUGCGCCAGGCUCGCACCAAGCAUGAGAAGGCGCUCAAGGACUGGAAGAAGAAUGGUACUGUCCUGCCCGACGUGGUGCGCAAGGCGGACAAGGAGCUGCAGAAGCUGCAGGACAAGAAGAUGAAGGAGAUUGACGGCGAAGAGGCGCAGGUGAUUAAGCAGAUUGAGCGCAGGUAG